AUGGCUAAUUCAGACACGAUCCAAGUAAGUUCCUUACCGUUACCGCCGCUCCAGUACAUAAACUUGUACACUGACGAAAAUGUACGCCGAGGGAGAGCUCCCAAGCCUCCACCACCUAUCCUUGACAACUAUUCUAUGUUUGGGAAUGGUUUCACUGCAGACGAUACUAUUAUCAGGCCUCUGGAGGCCCAGGGUAUCAGGAGACUUUAUCCUCAGAACUUUGAUCGGCGCCGAGAGCUAAAAAAACUCAACCACUCGCUUCUGGCCAACUUCCUGGACCUUAUUGAUCUUCUGGUUGAAGAUUUAAGCCUCCUUUUUAUUCACAUCCAUCAUCUUCUAAAUGAAUUCCGACCGCAUCAAGCCAGAGAAACUUUGAGGGUGAUGAUGGAGCUGCAGAAGCGACAGCGGAUAGAAACAGCGCUAAGAUUUCAAAAACAUUUAGACAGAGUUCAGAAAAUCCUCCAGCAUGCGUUGCAGACGUUACCUGAUACGUCAGAAUUAGAUUGCAAGCUGUCAAUCAACACUGAGACCAUGGAGUGCAGCGAUAGUUUAAGUUCCGAACAGCAGAACAUUGAUCCUUGCAGCACAAAUGACAGGAUAAUGUGCAAAAUGAUCGACGAUAUGAUGACGUCUAAUAUUUUUUAA